AUGACAACCAUCCCACCAAAUACACGUUCAACCACCAACGAUGACCGCCUGGCUGCCUUGGAGGUUAGCACCCAUUCCUUUAAACAACAAGCCGACGCUCAAAAUGAAGAAUUUGCAGGCAUGAAGGGAGCGUUGGAGCCCCUCACUGAUGCCGUGGCCAAAAUGAGCCGAGCUAUGGAGGACAGGGGAACUCGGGUUGAUGAGGAACAGAGCAGCAGUGGCAGAGACAAUGGGUCCAUCAACCGGCAUCGCGAGUAUGGAGAAGGAAGCCGAGGCACUCAACAGGGCGGCUUGCAGACCAGAUUUUCACGAUUGGACUUCCCUCGUUUCAACGGGGAAAACCCAACCGGAUGGAUUUAUAAAGCAGAACAGUUUUUCCAUUAUCAAAAAACAGAGGCCAACGAAAAGGUGUUGUUGGCAUCUUUCCACUUACAGGAUGACGCUUUGGAGUGGUAUCAAUGGUUUGAACAAUCCCAACCAAACGUACAAUGGGAAGAGUUCACCCAAGCCUUGUGCAUCCGUUUCGGCCCUUCAGACUAUGAAGAUUUCGACGAGGCUCUCGCUAAAUUGCAGCAAACGGGCACCGUACGAGAAUACCAAACGCAGUUUGAACGCCUGGCUGCUCGUGUCCGUCAAUGGCCUCAGCGAGCGUUAGUGGGUAGCUACGUCGGCGGGCUGAAAGAAGAGAUCCGCGCAGAAGUUAAACUCUUCCGGCCCACCACCCUGCUUCAUGCCGCAAGCUUGGCUCGGUUACUAGAAGAAAAACUGUCCAAACAACGACGACCAAUAUUCACCACAACACCACCCAGACCUUCACUGUCACAGCCCCCACCAUACAAACCGUCCCUUCUUCCUACCCCAACUCCUAUCAAAACCACCACACCCUUUCAUCCCAGCAACCGAACUACCACCAAUCCGACAUUUAAAAAAUUGUCAUGGGCUGAGAUGCAAGCGCGACGGGAAAAAGGCCUUUGCUACAACUGCGACGAAAGGUUCGGACCAGGGCACCGAUGCAAGAAACAACAAAUAUUCGUCUUGGAAACAAUGGAUGAGACGGAAGAAAACUUCGGGGCAGUAGAACUUGAUCCUGAACUUGAAGCAUCACAAGCGGUGCCGGAAAUCUCGCUCCAUGCAUUGUCUGGAGUGUCCACGCCCCGAACGAUGCGAGUCACUGGCUUAAUCCGUGGCAGAAAAUUGCACAUACUUAUUGACAGCGGAAGCACACAUAACUUUGUCAGUUUGAAAUUCGCCAAACGAAUGGGCUGUUCUACAACUCCGGCACCGGCUUUCCAAGUGAUGGUAGCCAACGGUGAAAAACUACGGUGUGAAGAAAUUUAUGUGGCAGUCCCCAUAGAGAUACAAGGCUAUAAAUUCCAAACUAACAUGUAUCCUCUCAAUCUACAGGGGUCAAAUGUAGUUCUGGGUAUACAAUGGCUACAGAGUCUUGGCCGAGUUUUGCAUGACUGGAAUAAACUCUCCAUGGAGUUUUGGGUCGACGAUCAACAAUUCGUUAUACAUGGGGAAGAUAAUGGAAGAGUGUUUCAAGAAUCCAUACACUCCAUUAUACGUCUUGCAUCUAACAGUGUGAAGUUUUGUAUUAUGCCAAUUUCAGGAGGGCCCACCAAAGCAUUUAUAACGGAGAUAACUCGCGACCCAUGCAGCGAACUUGAUGCAUUGUUGAGAAAAUACCAGCAGGUGUUUCAAACACCAAACAUGUUGCCACCGCCCCGUACCCAUGAUCAUCGCAUUCCCUUGGAACCUGGGAGUGGGCCUGUGAGUGUCCGUCCUUACCGGUACCCCCACAUCCAAAAAAAUGAGAUUGAGCGAGCGGUCAAGGAGAUGCUCGCCACAGGAAUUAUACGACCAAGCUUCAGCCCAUUUUCGUCGCCGGUCCUCCUGGUUAAGAAGAAGGAUGGCUCUUGGCGUUUUUGCGUGGACUACCGAGCAUUAAAUCGCGUCACAGUCAAGGAUCGUUAUCCAAUUCCAGCCAUAGAUGAGCUACUUGACGAACUCCAUGGUGCGACGUAUUUCACCAAGUUGGACCUCAAAUCGGGAUAUCAUCAAAUUCGGGUGCAUUCCGACGACAUUCAUAAAACCGCUUUUCGCACCCAUGAUGGCCAUUACGAGUUUUUGGUCAUGCCGUUUGGACUCACCAAUGCCCCAGCAACAUUCCAAUCCUUGAUGAACGACAUUUUCCGGGCAUUACUAAGGAGGUACGUCCUGGUAUUUUUCGAUGACAUAUUGGUUUAUAGCAAAACAUGGGAUGAACAUUUAAUCCAUUUGGAUACUGUGCUGCAUACUUUGAUGACUAAUGGCUUAUAA